UCUCACUCCUUUAUCCAUUUAGCGCCUGAAUAUGAAGGAGACACAAAAAUACAAUUAAUUCCCUCACUCAAAAUCUGAGCUUGUUUCCAUUACCGCAGCGACAGGCCAAGAAGAAAUGUCAUUCUCUUUACGUCUCUCAUCUCCUGCACCAGCUUUUGAAUCUUGCAAUAGAAGAAAGAGAGCACGGCCUCUUCAAAUCCUCUCUUGUUUUCAAGCCGGAAAAGAUGAGACUAACAACUGCAGGAAUGUGAUUUUGGUGGAGAGGUAUGCCAAUGGAACUUCUAGAAGGUAUGUGUUGGAUGAUGAUGCACAAUUAAAACCUUUCCUCGAGGAACAAGGUGCUAAAAAUAGUGCGUUGCAAGAAUCAUAUUCCUCAGACAUAAAUCUAUCUUGGCUCCCAUAUAUUAUCAAAGAUUUUAUUUUACCUGCAGGCUUCCCAGGAUCAGUUUCAGAUGACUACUUCCAGUACAUGUUGCUACAAUUCCCUACCAAUGUUACUGGAUGGAUCUGUCACACGUUGGUCACAUCAAGUCUCCUCAAGGCUGUUGGUGUUGGCUCAUUCACAGGCUCUACAGCUGCUGCUGCUGCUUCUGCUGCUGCCAUCAGAUGGGUAUCAAAGGAUGGCAUUGGAGCUCUAGGGCGCUUAUUCAUUGGUGGACGGUUUGGAAGUCUUUUUGAUGAUGAUCCAAAACAAUGGCGCAUGUAUGCAGACUUCAUUGGCAGUGCUGGAAGUAUCUUUGAUCUAAUCACCCAAGUGUAUCCUGCCUAUUUCUUACCAUUGGCUUCUCUUGGAAAUCUUACCAAGGCUGUUGCAAGAGGACUGAAAGACCCUUCAUUUCGUGUAAUUCAAAACCAUUUCGCAAUCUCGGGAAAUCUGGGAGAGGUAGCUGCAAAGGAGGAAGUUUGGGAAGUAGGUGCUCAGUUGCUUGGCCUUGCUUUGGGAAUAUUGAUCCUAGACACACCUGGUCUCGUAAAGUCUUUUCCAGCCUUGGCAUCGACAUGGCUGAGCAUGCGGCUUCUGCACCUCUGGUUACGUUAUUUGUCACUUUCGGUUCUACAAUUUGACACAAUAAAUCUCAAGCGUGCUCGUUUGCUGGUCAAAUCACAUAUUUUACACUCUGUUGUUUUGGGUAAAUGCAUAUCCUUCCCAAGUCCUGGUUCAUACAAAGGAUCUGACUUAACAACAUUUUGUUUAUUACAUUUGUCUCAGGAUGUGUUGAUUGCAAUCGAGAAGAAAACAUUUUAUUAUGGGAAACAUUCACGAAGCCACAAAUUACAUUCGGUGUCCCCUUACAGGAGAUGGUUGGUGGUCAAGACGCUUUUAAAACUAUAUACAAAGGAGAACUAUUUGCUCGUGGUAAACCAACAAAAAGGAGACUUUGAGGUGUUUGUCUCAUUCAAGGUUGGAGCUACAAGUAUGUCGGCCCUGCGAAGUGUAUGGCAGACAUAUUGGCUACAUGAAAACUGGAAAAGCUCUACUAAUGUCUUGGAUAAGCUUGCACAGAGUCUCCUAGAGAUGGAAGUAAAGUUCGAAGAUUUCGUCCAGCAGUUAGAGGUAGCUGGAUGGAAUACUCAUCAAAUAAAUCUCAAGGUCCCAAGGGAAAUCGUCAUUGAUGAACUACACACUCUUUGAUCUUCAAAAAUCAGUAAUUCAAACACCACUGCCAAUAGCUGAAGCAAGUGCUUGAAAUAUGCUCCAUCUGCAAAAAAAGACAUGCCUUGGGCAUAUAGGCCAACUCAUCAGGCCACUGUUUAUAGGAAUGUCCAGCUCCAUUUGCCAACCAGUGAAAAUUUGGAGUUGAGCUCUUCAUGCCAUUUUUCUGGAUGAAAAGGUUCAUGGUAGAAGGUUAGAGGGAAGUUUCCAGUCGACUGAAUCAGCCCAUUUCUUUAUGGAAAACAUAUUCACACAGAGGCACAUCAAUUUGCAACAUCCGAUAGUGUAAGGCAGUUACGGCCUCAUUCCAAACCUCUGGGACUAAAACAAAAAAAUAAAAUAAGAUAAAAAAGAAUUAAUUUUAAUUUGUUAUCUUUUCUUUUUAAAAGAAUAAGAUCUGGAGUUAAUUUACAGCGUAUCGGGCAAAAUUCUUACGAAUGGUAAAAUAUUGUCUUAAGAAUUUUAAUAGUUAAAUUUAUUUUUUUUCUA